CACUACCACCGCCUACAUCCCCCUCUCAUCCCACCAAUAAACACCCACCGCCUCUGGCCCUCUACUAUUCAUUGACGAACAAGCUCCAGCCCCCAUUCAUCAAUGGAAAAACUCCCACCCCAUCCAUGCAUCCACCCAUCCACUUGUCUUCUUCUCAUCAUUUUGGUGAAAAUGGGAUUCAUGCAUGUGAAUUUUUUUGACGGUGUGAUGGAGUCGUCAUACUCACGGUAACGGAUAAACCAGGAUAAGCCCCACUUCCACCUGGGCGAGGGGAGGCAGGGAGAUGUGGCCCUGGUCCCUCCUCGGCAGGCCCCAACCCCACGCCCCUGCUAAACAAGUGUCCCCCACUCUGACACGCAUUCCACUUCAGGGCCCUUCAUUCCCCUACCAAAAGUCAAACCAUAAAACAACCACCCCACAACUCUCCUCUAUUUUCCCAUUUCCCCAUCUCACAUGCCUCCUGUUUUUCCCGGCAGCCAAACAUGUCCUCAUGUCAAUCUCCCGGCACUCCCCUCCCCUCCCCAUCCUGCCAUUCCCGAGAUAAUUCGCGCUUUCUCCGAGACUACGCCGCCACCCAGAUCAACGCCUUCCUCUGGAUCUCCCUCAUCGCUGUCACCCUUCUUCUGCUCAGGAAACUCUUCAAGCUCUUUGCUUUGUGGGCUAAAGGGAGCAGGAUAUCCGGCCUUCCCUGCCCUUCUUUCUACGGCCACUCCAAGCUUAUUUCCGAAACUAAUCUCACUGGCCUUUUAUCGGAGUCGCACAACAAAUAUGGAUCAGUUGUGAAGCUGUGGUUAGGUCCUACCCAGCUUCUAGUGUCAAUAAAGGAUCCUGUGCUUAUUAAAGAGAUGCUCUUAAAGGCAGAGGAUAAAUUGCCUCUGACAGGGAGGGCUUUCCAAUUAGCCUUUGGACCAUCGAGUCUCUUUUCUUCCUCUUUUGACAAGGUACAAAAGAGAAGGGAAUUGUUGGCUGCAGAAUUAAAUGGGUACUUGCUCCAGAGAGCAAAUGUGAUUUCUACAAAAGUUGUAGACCACGUCAUGGAAAAAUUACAUGCUAUAAUGGGCAAAGGCACCCUUGAUUGUAAAAUUGUUUCUCAGCAUAUGGCUUUUUCCAUCAUGGGUGCCACACUUUUCGGAGAUGCAUUCUUAGCCUGGUCCAAGGCAAGUGUUUACGAAGAGCUUCUCAUGAUGAUUGCUAAAGAUGCUUGCUUUUGGGCCUCGUAUGGUGUUACUCCCUUCUGGAAACAGGGAUUUUGGAGGUAUCAGCGGUUGUGCAUGAAGUUGAAGAGCUUAACUCAAGAUGGUAUCGAACAAUGCAGACAAAAUUACAAGCUUUUUAGUCAUAUGGAUAAAAACUCCAAUAGUGAAAUCUCAAAUCCAGAAACAAAGAAUGCACCAGAGGCACCAUUUUCUUCUGGCAUUUUGAUGCCUGAUAACUUAUCAUCGCAAGAGUGUAAUGGCCACGUUAAUGCAAGAGAAGAGCCUUGUGGAAAUAUUAUGCGUGUAAUGUUUCAUGGGUGUCUUACUACAGCAGGGUUGAUUGGUAACAUCUUAGCUAGGCUUGCAACACAUCCAGAAAUACAGGAUAAGAUUUACUCAGAGAUAAUCAUGUCUCGGAAAGGGGCACAGAAGCAAAAACAACAAAAUGUUGAUAAGAUGCUUGUUUUGUUGGCCACUGUAUAUGAAUCUGCCCGCCUUAUGCCGGCUGGACCUUUGUUACAAAGAUGCUCUCUAAAACAUGACUUAAAUCUGAAAACUGGCUUAACCAUACCAGCUGGAGCAAUACUUGUUGUUCCUGUACAGUUGGUACAGAUGGAUGAUUCUUGUUGGGGGAAUGACGCUAGGCAGUUUAAUCCAUAUCGAUUUUUGUCUAAAGCUGUGAAGGGACCUGAAUUAGCGCACAUCUCGUCUUUAGCAGGGACUGUAGAAGAUCUUGUGGAUCCAGAUCAGGACUCAUGCAUUUUGGAUGACCCAAAUCACAAUGCUGCCUUUCUUCCCUUUGGUUCUGGGACACGAGCAUGUGUUGGCCAGAAAUUUGUAAUUCUUGGAGUUGCCGCCUUAUUUGCAUCUUUGCUUGAACACUACGAGAUAAGGCUUCAGCCAGGAUCUGAGGAUGACCCCAAGCCAACGUUGAAUGACAGUGUUCUUCAGCUCCUUCCUAGUCCAAAGAUAGUAUUUAUGAAGAGGAACAGCCGAGAAUAAAAGAAGAUGAAAUCAUCAUGUGUGGAUAAUAAUUUCCAUGUUAUUUUCUCCGUUUUAAUCAGAGGUCAUAGAUGGAACGACAACCUUUCAAAUUCCCUUUUUUCAGUCAAAGUUGAUGGGGGAGAGUGUUUCCUUUCUCCUUUUUUAGCUUAUGAAGCUGGCAAAGUGGAGGAUGCUACAUGAGUGUGUUUGGAAACCUUAUGUUUUUUCCUCCCUGUUUUUAAAUGGCUCUAGCUGCUGUCUUUUAUGCCAUGAGUGAUUCUUGAUUUGCUUUUCAGGCACCAUGGCCUUCUUGUAGCAGCUAGGCCUCAUGUUUUUCUUCCCCAUCUUCCAAUCUGUAACUUUUUCGCUUUGUUCUCCGUACUUUUUUUUCUCCAGAAGGGAGUUUUAUGUAGAAUUUGAUGCUCAUGCUCAAGAAAUAAUGUAUACAAAUAAUAUAAUAUGUUGCUUCAGUACUUCAACAUACUACUGAAAUGAUUCCAAUGGUUUCAAAUA